UCUAGAGGUGGGGCUCCAUGCGACAAAUCGGAUGUUAAAAUCGAGGAUCAAAAUGAAAAUUCAAGACCCAGAAGAAUUAAACCUCGCCGAGCAGAGGUGACUCAACGUUUCAAGGCACCGGCUCGAAAAAUGUCCUUCAAUUGGUGGGUUCAGCUUUUGAAAACUACCUCGUCUAUUUUCACAGCAGAACCAUCGAACGGGUCACGAAAAGGUCCAUUGAGAGUUAGAAAUCCGAUAGAUUCCGUUACCGCUCUCGCAUCUAGCACUUCACGUACUCCACGAAGAACAUGCAAGGAUGAGGCGAUGGUGAAAAUCUUGGAAUGCUUCAAGAAACUCUCCACCAGUCCUAAGGCGAGGCGGACUUUGCCUUCAUCUACAACUCGUCGAAAUGCCGAGAAGGUGCUUUUAACAACGCCUUCGUUGUCACGCCGCAAAAGCUCGUCACUUCAUUCCUCUGAGGCAUCUCUUUCUGCCUCUGAGAGUGACUCAUCUUCUGAAGAAUUUCUUCCGGAGAUAUCUUUUGACGAGGGCUCCACAACUUCCGCAACUUCUACAGACACUUCUGAUGAUAAGUGGGUGCGUCGAACAAGGUCACGACAUAGAAGAACCAGAAUACUAUCAAAGACUUCUGUGGGUGAUCAAGCUGUCGUUCCUCGUCGUGUCCUCUCGGCUACCGUCGACCGUGAGACUUUGAAUGCCAAUCUCCUUGCUGUCAUUCCCCAUAGGUGCAUGUACAUCUCGGGCGUUCCGGGAACAGGAAAGACGGCAACCGUCAUGGCUGUGAUGAGAAGCAUGACUGAAUGCUUGGAUGAGAAUGGCAGUGGUGUCAUACCUCCUUUCAAAUUUGUUAACGUCAACGGGAUGCAAGUCUCCCAGCCGCAUCAAAUCUAUCCUCAAAUCUACGAGGCACUGAAGGGCGAGAGGGUGUCAGCCUACAAGGCAAUGUCGCUGCUUGAGGAUGAGUUCUGCUCAGCACUACGUCGACAUGGUAAUCCCACUGCUCCAGCUUGCGUUCUCCUCCUCGACGAGUUGGAUCUUCUAUGCUCACGUCGUCAAGAUGUCCUCUAUACUCUUUUUGAUUGGACAUGUAGAUCGUCGAUUUCAGCUGGCGGCUGCAGGCGUUGCGGGAGGCGUAUAUUGAUCGUGCUAGCCGUAGCGAAUACCAUGGAUCUACCCGAACGUGUGUUACAUCAUCGUGUGGCUAGUCGUUUGGGCUCCAGUCGGCUAGCUUUUGCUCCUUAUUCGCACGCACAACUCGCUACUAUUGUCAAUGCCCGACUGGGAUCGGAGUUUAGCUCUGCUUUUGAUUCAAAAGCAAUUGAAUUGGCAGCACGCAAAGUGGCUGCUGUGUCGGGUGAUGCGCGUCGAACGCUGGAUGUUUGCCGUCGUGCGGCGGAGUUGGCGCAACUGGAGGGAGGCCAAACGGCUACAACAACCAUACAGCAUGUAAACGCGGCUCUGCGAGAGAUGUUCACAUCGUUGGGAUUAACUGCUCUGCGAAGUGUUUCCCACUACGAGCGACUACUGUUACGAGCUAUCGUAUCUGAAGUAGCAGCACGAGGUACCGAAGAGGUUCCACUGAGUCGGUGUUUGCAGCAGCUCCACAUCCUGUGCAACCUAGAAGGUUAG